GCAGAGCAAUCAGUUGCAUCAGUCAGCUGACAAAGAAACAACCUCUGCUGCGGUUUUGUUGAUUUAUUCUUACUCAUCUCACAAACACUGUCACAAUGAAGAUCGCAGCCUUCAAUGUCAAACAGCUGGGAAUGAGUAAAGUCAGCAACCCAUUUGUGAGGGAAAAUCUUAUCAAGAUUGUGUCCCGGUACAGUGUGGUGGUGAUGUUGGAGGUGAUAGAUGCAACUGGUAGGGCCAUGAACAAGUUCCACACAGCCCUCAACAACCACAAAGAUAACAAACAACGUCCGUACGAAAUGAAGUGCAGCGAACCUCUGGGACGAAGCUCCUACAGGGAGAAGUUUGUUUUCUUCUACAGAAAGGAUCAGGUGAAAAUGAUCAACUCCUACCAGUAUGAAGAAGAAGAAGAAGAAGAAGAAGAAGAAGAAGAAGAGGAUGAUGAAGAAGAAGAAGAGGAUGAUGAAGAAGAAGAGGAUGAAGAAGAAGAAGAAGAGGAUGAAGAUGAAGAAGAAGAAGAGGAUGAAGAAGAAGAAGAAGAGGAUGAAGAAGAAGAAGAAGAAGAAGAGGAUGAAGAUUAUGAACAUGGUGAAGAAUAUGAGGAUGAAGAAGAUGACGAUGAUGAAUAUGAGGAUGAUGAAGAUGAAGAUGAUGAGGAAGAUGAAGAUGAAGAUGAUACAGAAGAUGAAGCUGCGGACGUGCUCGCCAGAGAGCCUUACAUUCUGCAGUUCAAGAGUCCUACAACAGUUGUGAAGAAGCUGGCACUGAUCCCUGUCCACACCAAACCAGGGGACGCAGAGAGAGAGCUGGACGCUGUGGACGAUGUGGUUAAAGCAGUGAGGAAAAGAUGGAGGACUACUAACAUUAUGAUUUUAGGGGAUUUUAAUGCAGAUGGACGUUAUCUCUCCAAGAGGAAGAAGAAGAAGAUCCGCAUCUCCUCUGCUCCUUAUCACUGGCUGAUAAAGGAUGAUGUCGACACGACGACUAGCAACUGUAAUGACCACACCUACGACAGGAUCGUUGUGUACAGAAAGACCAUGCUGGACGCCGUCGUCCCCGGCUCGGCCAAGCCCUUCAACUUCCAGAAAGAGUUCAACCUGACGGAUGAACAAACUCUGAGUAUCAGUGACCACUACCCUGUGGAGGUGGAGCUGAGGACCAAUCAGAAAGCACCAGCACAAGGGCAGAUGGCUCUGCCCCGCACAACAAAGACAACAUCCAUCAAAAGACGAACUCAGAAGAAAGCUGCUGCACAACAGUUUACCUCAGGAUAAAAAAAGUGUUGCCUUACAACCUUCGAGGUCUACGAACCGGAACUUUAAAUAAAGUUUAUUGCAAGUAAAAUGA